UCAUGUGGAAGCAUUGAUUUAUGCAGUCACCAUGGGAAAGAUUACUAAAAUAGAGCACUUUGCUGUGCUAAUCUACAUUUCUUCUUGAUAUGAAUUAUAUAUGUUUCCUUUGCCUCUUAAGAUACGCGUCCGCGUGUCUGUAUACCACGUAUCGGACUGUUCAACAAAACAAGGCAGUAUUUAACGAAAGAAAACGUGGAAUUAUUGGACCAUCCUCCAUAUAGUCCCGAUCUAAGUCCUAACGAUUUCUUUACUUUACCGAAAAUUAAAAACAGACUGCGUGGUCAAAGGUUCCGGUCACCAGAAGAAGCAGUUGAAGCAUUAAAAAAGCCGUUUUGGAUCUGCCAGUAAAGGAGUGGAAUAAGUGUUUCGAAAAUUGGUUCGAGCGCAUGCAGAUGUGUAUUAAUCUUCGUGGAGAGUACUUCGAAAAACAAUAAAGUCAUUUAAAACUACCUACC